AUGCCUUCAGUCGCAACUACCGUUUCCACCCUGCUCGGCGCUGUCCAUCUGGUGGCAGGGGCGGCCUACACUUUGACUGAUAACUACAACCAAGCCAACUUCUUCGACUCGUUCGAGUUCUUCUCCGAGGCAGACCCCACCAAGGGCUUCGUCCAGUACCAGGACAGGGUCAACGCUGCCUCCCAGGGACUGGCGGGCUUCCACCAGGACAUGAUCUACGUCGGCAGCGACCACAAGACCGCCAACCCCGCCAAUGGCCGCGCCAGUACGCGCCUUAACAGCAAGAAGACGUACACCCAGAUGCUACUUGUCGCCGAUGUCGUGCACAUGCCAGUUGGAUGCGGCACAUGGCCCGCUCUGUGGACGUACAACGAGGCCUGGCCGUACAAGGGCGAGAUUGACAUCAUUGAGGGUGCCAACAGCCAGCAGUCCAACCAGGUGACCCUUCAUACUGGGCCUACGUGCACCAUGACCCAGGGCGAAACGGUUGAUGGCACGGAGUUGACCAGCGGAAACUGCAACGACGGCAGUGGCGGGCUUGGUUGCCCCCAGACCACCAACAGCACCAAGAACUUUGGCAAAGGCCUGAACGCAAACGGUGGUGGUGUUUAUGCAAUGGAGUGGACUAGCGACGCCAUUUCAGUCUGGUUCUUCCCCAGGAACAGCACAAUGCAGAACAAGAUCUCGUCUUCAAACACAACAGUCGACUCUUCUACAUUCGGCACUCCCCUGGCCAGCUUCGUGGGAGGAAGUACCUGCGACAUCGACAACAACUUCAAGGAGCACUGGAUCACCAUCAACACAGAUUUCUGUGGUCAAUGGGCCGGUGCCACCUGGGCCAACGAUGCCGAGUGUUCUGCAAAGGCACCCACCUGCGAGGAAUACGCAGCUCAGGACCCCAAUGCCUUUGUAGACGCAUACUGGCUCUUCAAGUCGAUCAAGGUCUACAGCAAGUCUGACGGUGCAGCGGCUGCCACGAGCGCCCCCGUGAAGAGGGGCAUGCGUUUCAUGCCACGCGAUUACCAAGCCUAA